AUGGACCGGUUUAAUAAUCAGAUUAAUGACUGCCACGUUUCAGAUUUGGGAUUUAAGGGACCCCGUUUCACUUGGAAGGGACCACAAAAUUUCAGUGGUGGAGGACUUUUUGAGAGGCUAGACAGAGCUUUGGCAAGCCUAAACUUCCUCAAUGCUUUUCCAGAUAGUAUUGUUAACGUACUUCCGUGCACAAAAUUCUCUGAUCACAAUUCUCUGAUUUUGUUACUAUCUGAAUUGCCCGUGUCUAAAAGUUCUAAACCUUUUAGAUUUGAGGCUAUGUGGUUAGAACAUGAAACUUUUAAGGACUUCUUGAUUGAUGCUUGGAAACAAAGUGAUGACUUGAAUAAUACUCUAAAUGAUCUAAAAGAUUCAAUUAUUGUUUGGAAUAGAGAUGUUUUUGGGUUCAUCGAAAAAAGAAAGAGACAGAUCUUGGCUAGAUUAAAUGGUAUCCAAAAAUCUGAUGCCUAUCCCUCUCGUUUCGUUUGUAAUCUCGAAAUUAAGCCGCAAAAUGAAUUAGAGGAAGUUCUCAAGUUGGAAGAGAUGAAGUGA